UGUGUGUAUUACAUACUACUACUCUUGUGUCUUUCUAAACAUUCUCAACAAAAAUCAAAAAUCAUGUAAAUUCCUUAUCAUUGACUGGAACGGACGGAGAGACAGCAUCAGAGCGGCAAUUCGCAGUACUAGAAACUACGGAUAAGUUCCCCGUAAAUGUUGUUGUAAAGGAAGAUGCAAGUCUAGCUCUACUCGUUCUGGAGGGUCUUGCAACGGUAACGGAUCUUGCUGGUCAAGUUACUUCAUUUCCGCGCUUGCAAUGCCCCAUGUUGUUGAAUCAAGACAGAGGGGAUUUUUCCGGGUGAGUGUGAUUUGUGGGUAUGUGUGGAGAUAGCUGAGCGAUUGAGUUGGAGAGAUGGCGAUGGAAGGGGAAUCAUCGAAAGCUCGUGGAUCGAGGCCUUGCAGAGAAUGGGAGCAGGAUCCCUUGUGCUUCGCCCACGUUCGCCUGCUUGCGUUUGAUCUUCUCGCCCUCCGCCCAGUUCCUCACAUGCCAGGUUAUUUCUUACGACGAGGUCGCUCUGUGAGACAAGUGGAGGUCAUGGGCAUAGUGGUGACUGUGGACCGAAAAGAGCGGUAUUUGCGCUUCACAUGUAAUAACGGCACUCUUACUAAGAUGAUUUCUAAUCUCAAAUAUAUCUCUUGUACAUCUUUCUUCAUCCCAGAUGUUGCUCCUUCACCAGUUCAUGGUGACUAUCUGUGUCAUGUGGUAGUGGACGAUGGAACAGGGUGUGUACCCUGCAUUUUUUGGACGAAUUACGCAUCUUUUCCAGCAACAAGCCCUGCGAAAGGUUUAGAGCUUCGGUCGCGGCAGGAAAUGGCAAUUGCAACGACCGCAAAGGUGAAACUUGGUGAUUUGUUGCGAGUUCAAGGCCGUCUGAAUACGUACACCAAUCAGAUUCAGGUCACAGUGGCGUCCCUCCGGACGGAAAAAGAUCCAAAUGCUGAGGUGCUGCAUUGGGUGGAAUGCAUGCGGCUGGCUAAAUGCUGCUACGACUUGGAUCCCAGUUUACAGAAGAGACCUCUUGUUCCCUGAUCGAAAGAAGUGAACCAUGUACACAGCUCAAGUGUUAUUCCGCAUUAAUCACGUACACUUAUUCCCGAGCGGUAGUAAUUGCGGAGACUUGCCACUGUACUUCAAAGAAGCUUUCAAAGAACACUCGGUAUGGAAACAGAAUGCAAUAUAACCUGCUUAACCCCCAACUAGUAACUUCAGAGGACGUGGAUUUGAAUCGGAACGGUGCUGUGAAAUCUGAAGAGAAACGGGAAGAUGGAUUGUCAGCUUACUUAAAAGAAACAGUCGAGUGGUAGCAAUACUUUCAUUAGACCCCCUAUCGCAAAUCGUGGUGAAAACUCUGUUCAAACGACAUUCUCAGCUUCAGUAGUACAUACGAAUUGAGGCUGAAACCAAUCUGAUGUACCAUAUCCAAUUAGAAAUAUACGAAAAUCUCUUGUCAAUG